UGCGUUUUUUUUGUCAUUCGUUUGUAUUUCCACAUCACCAAAUUCCGAUGACUUGAUUGAUUGAUUUUUUCUGGUCUCAAAAUGUUUUCUUCGUUUGCUGAUUGGUCGUCACAACAAUCGGCUGUGAAUACACAACAACAAUUACAAGGAACAUCAUCAUCAACGGAUGUACAAUUUCAUCAGCAAUUAACAAUUUCUUCAUCAACAUCAUCAUUAAAUAGACAUGAUCUUGAAUCACUACCAGAAUUAUCAUUCUAUUCGAUUGGAUCCAAUAAUACAACAUCAUCAUCAUCGUCAUCAUCCACUAAUAAUCAUCAUCAAUUUAUAAUCAAAGAUAAUAAUCAAAUAUUAUUACAAUCACAGCAACAACAACAACAGGUGUCAAUUUAUCCAACAAUACAAUUAUCAACUUUGGCCGGAAAUCGAAAUAUUGAAACACUUGUACAUCAUCAACAACAACAACAACAACAACGGCCAUAUCUAUCGUAUCAUCAACAACGGCAAUCAUCAUCAUCAUCAUUGCCAUCAAUAGGUGCUAUUUCAUCAUCAUCAUCAACAUCCACAACAACAAUUGUUCCAACAAAUCGUUUACGUUCAUUGAUACAACAACAACAAAACAAGUUAUCGGCAACAGCAAAUCUUCAAUAUCAACAUCAACAACAGCAACGAAUAAAUCAAACGAAUCAAUUGAAAUUGAAACAACAACGACGUACAACAAUACAUCGACAAGCUAUAACCGCUACAAAUCAACAUUGGACAAUCAAUAGUAUUUGCUGUUGUCCAUUUAGUCAAAGAUUUCCGCAUUCAUUUUAUCAACAUCAUCGUUAUAAAUUGGAUAAUCUAAUACGACAUAAUAAUAGUUCUUGGCCAUCGUCAUCAUCCACAUCGUCAGAUUCAUCAUCAAUAUCGGCUGCAACAUUAUCAUUAAAUCGUUUGAUUGCUGCCGAUUCUCGACAACAAUUACAACAACAAUCAAUAUCGGAUAAUCAAUAUCCAUUUUCAAAUAUCAUAAUGGGACAAAAAUUUAGUAAUUUUAUGGGUAGUAAUAGCGGAAGUAGUAGUAGUGCUGCUAUAAUCAAUUCAACAACAACAACAGCAGCAGCAGCAGCAACAAUGGCACCUAUAGUCAAUGAUAUUGGUUCGAUGGUUGUUAAUAAUUCAAAUAAAACUGUGAUGCGUGAUCAUCAUUAUCAACAAUCAUUACCAUUCCAUAGUACAUCACCAUCUCAUCAUCAUCAUCAUCAUCAUCAGCAUUUUCAUCAUCAUCAAGAUGUUUCACCAUUUACACGUUCAUCAUCUACACAAUCAGCGUCUUCUUCCGCAUCAUCAUCGCCAUCGAUAUCCGGUACAAAUUCACCGGCAUCAAUGUCACCAUUACAUAAUAACCAUAAUCAUAAUCAUAAUCAUCAUCAUUCUAUACAGAUGAUGAAUGAUACAUCAUCAACAUAUCAUUUUUGUUCAAAUAAUGGUCAUUGUGCCUUAGAAGAACCAGAAAGACCUGAUAGAUUAGAUUCAUUAUUGGAUAUGCCACCGGCAUCAUUACAAAUACAGAAACAACAUGGUUGGAAUGAGAAUGAUCGUUCAUUAAAUAUAAUUGUUGUUGAACAGGAUCCACGUAUUGUACAUCGUCAUCCUGUUGCACAAAGUACAGAUUGUGUACGUGGCCUAAUAGGCUAUUCAAAAGGUUUACAUGUAUGGGAAAUUAAAUGGCCAUUACGGCAACGUGGAACACAUGCAUGUGUUGGUGUUGCAACCGCUGAAGCCGCCUUACAUUCAAAUGGUUAUCAUCCAUUGAUCGGUGCAACGGGCGAAUCAUGGGGCUGGGAUCUUGGCCGUAAUCUAUUAUAUCAUGAUCUUAAAUCACAGAAUUAUGGUCGUCAAUCACCACGUGAUAAUAAUAAUUAUGGCCGAAUUUAUCAACAUCAAUUUGCACAUGAUCCACAAUUUGUUGCACCAGAAUCAUUUUUAGUUGUAUUAGAUAUGGAUAAAGGAACAUUAUCUUAUAUGGCACAUGGCCAAUAUUUAGGUAUUGCAUUCAAUACUGAUGAUGGUAUUAAGGGUAAAACCUUAUAUCCAAUUAUUAGUUCAGUAUGGGGACAUUGUGAGAUUACUAUGCGAUAUAUUAAUGGAUUAAAUCCUGAACCAAUACCAUUGAAAGAUAUAGCACGUCGUAUGAUACGUAAACAAUUGGGUCGUCAUCGAUUACAUAUGAUUGAAACGAAAUUUGAUCUACCGUCCAUAUUGACAGAUUAUCUACAAUACAAAGAUCAAGUAUUUAAUUUGAAUUGGAAACCAAUGUGAAUGUGAAUAAAUCAAAAAUUUGCACACACACAUAUACACACGUGGCAGAAACAUAUUAGUAUUGUCAUAAAUUAAUUAUCAUCAUCAUCAUCA